UCUACUCUUGACUUAAGCCGAAUAUCUAAGAAUUAUUGACUGUCCCUUGUAGUGUAGUCAUGUUUUUUAAAAUAAAUAUAAUUAAUUAAUUCAAUGUUCUUAUCAUUAUAAGUUUCUUUUUCACGUUUUUAUGGAGUAUGUUCAACAGUGUAAUUAUUUGUAACGUUUAUUGUGCUAUAAACAAUAUCUACGCAGCUAUAUAAACGAAAUAGUGUGCCUAUCGGACUCAUAGAAACGUGAUUAUAGAGGCCAUUUACAAAUGCCUUUAUGUUCCAAAACUAUGCUUCGAAAAGCGGACUUAUAGUUUACUAUAUAGACGUUUAGUCGUUAAGUUGUUUCGGUAAAAGAAAGUUGGGUGAUCGUGUUAAUUGUUUAGUUAAUUAUUAAAUAGCAAAAAUGGCAACAGACGAAAAUUCUUGGAGAACGCAAAAUUUUCGUCAAAGUGUAAUAGCGAAAAUUGAAUAUUUUCUACACAGAGAUGAAGCUGUACAGUCAUCUGGAAUGCCCAUUACCAGAAAUAGUAUUGAUAUGGAAAAUCAUGUUUUUCAAAAGGCAAAAACCAGGGAAGAAUACUUAAGUUUCGUAGCCAGACUAAUCCUACAUGUCAGAGAACUAAAUUCUAAAAAAGCUGGAGCUACUCCACCAGGUACGGCUGGUUCAGGAAAUCAAGGAAUGCCAGAUCCAAUUGGAGCAUUACAAACGUUGGCACGUCAAGGAACUGGUAAUAAUCAAAUGAUGAAUAUUAGCGGACCAGGACCAAAUCCUCAGGGAAUAAUACCCCAACAACCUGCAAAUACAGCUACAAAUUUAUUGCAAAGCUUAAAUCAACGUCCUGGACAACCUAUGACCAUGCAAAGUAUGCAGAAUAAAAUGCCAGGUAUAGGUAUGAUGUCUGCUCAAACUAGUGGUCCAAUGAACCACAUGGGUCCAAUUCAAACUAUGCAGAAUAAUUCAAUGUUGACACAAAUGAAUCCAAUGGCGCAAGGAAACAUGCCCCAACAAAUGAAUCAAGUUGUUCCCAAUCAAAUGGGACCAAUUACUACUGGACAAAUGCAACAAAAUAUGCAAACACAAAUGCAAAAUCAGUUAUCCAAUCAAAUUAGUAAUCAAAUUGGUGCAUCUAUAAGUGGAAUUCAAACUAGUAUGUCUCAACAAAUGAAUCAAAUUGCGCCAGGGCAGUUAGGUCCUGGUCAAAUGCAACAACAAUUAAAUCACAUGCAGAGGAAGCCUGGUGAAAUGAUAAAUACUGGAUAUCCAGGCCCUAGAAAUGUUGCAGCAAAUCAGUUUUUACGACAAAGUCCAUCCCCAUCAGCUCCAAGUCCAGCUGGUUUAGGUGCACCAUCAAGUAAUCAGAUGGUAGCAUCUCCAGCAUUAGUUCCAUCACCAAGUCCACAACAUGCUAUAAUGGCAGGUCCACAACGAUCUGUUGGUAUGGCACCAUCACCUAGCAGUUCUUUGAACACUCCUGGAGGUGUGGGUGCUACUCCAAGUCCACAACAAGAAGACCAAGCAUACAGAGAUAAAGUUAGACAAUUGAGUAAAUAUAUUGAUCCUUUACGAAGAAUGAUUGCUAAAAUGGGCAAUGAAGGAAAUGUCGAUAAAUUAAGUAAGAUGAAAAAGCUUUUGGAAAUUUUAUCAAAUCCCAGCAAACGCAUGCCAAUGGACACAUUAUUAAAAUGUGAGGCAGUCCUUGAAAAAGUUGACUUUAAGCGAAGCGAUGCAAGUGUUGGUCCUCCUGUAACAACGCUUAAAGAACAUCAUUUCUUUAGUCCACUUUUGGAAGCAGUAAGCACACAUCUUCAAAGUCCAGUGGUAAAUCAUACGUUACAACGAACCUUUGGUCCAUGUCUAGAAGCAUUAUUUGGUCCAGAAAUAAAAAAUCUACCACCACCACUAAAGAAACAAAAAAUAGAAGAAUCCCCUAGUGAAAUACCAGAUGUAUUGCAAGGUGAAAUAGCUCGAUUGGAUCAACGAUUUAAGGUCAGCCUUGACCCUGCGCAACAAACAGGAUCCAAAUGUAUUCAGUUAAUAUGUUGGUUGGAUGAUCGUCAUCUUCCAUGUGUACCACCAGUAUCAGUUACGGUUCCCGCAGAUUAUCCUUUAACACCACCGCGUUGCGUGAUGGCAUCUCACGAAUAUGCUACAACAUUUCUUUGUGCUGUGCAGAAGGCUUUGAAUGCACGUAUUACGAAACUUCCUCGCCGCUUUUCUGUAUCACAGCUAUUAGAUACAUGGGAAAUGAGUGUAAGACAAGCAAGUGCGCCUUCGCAAGUACCUGUUACUGCCAGCACUGUAUUAAUGGGCUUCUAAUAAAAUUUACGUGUAAACUACUUUAUAAUUUGAUAUACAUAUAGAUUGAAAUGUUACUUUCAGUUUAUUACAAAUUUUUUUAUUUCAUUUGAGUAAAUAUUGGUCAUGAAAAAAUUUAAUAUAAUAAAUAAAAAUUAAUAUAAUAAAUUCCAGCAAAAAGCCAUGCACUGUUCUUAUUUAACUUUUUAUAUUUGAAACAAAAAAUCUUUUUUAAGUAAACUACUUAAGCUAGAUGCUUGGAGCAUGUAAGCAUGUAUUCAACUGUCAGGUGCUAGCUAUUUCCUGGAGUAUGUAUACAUGCAGCUUUAAGGGGCAAGUUGCUUGGAAUGUAUAAGUAUGCAGGUGUGCGUGGAAAUCAAUGUACGCCCGGUUCUAGAUGCAUAUGAGCGCGAUCUUCUUUUGCAUAAAAAUUAUAUUUUUGUUGAUUGACCCGUAACUGACCGUGGUUGGCCUCGGAAAACAAGAUAGAUUGCAGAAAUAGUCGAUUUUGUACGGGCGAAUUGUACAUGAGAUACAUAAAGAGUGAGAACGAAAGGGAGUGUGUACUUAGUUUUUCUUUCCUGUAUUCAGACGUUUGUUAUAUUAUUUUUUGUGACAAUAAAAUCCUGUUUGUAUGAGAACAUCAAUUAUCUUACACUUUGAACACCUUUGUAUACAUGUAUAUAGAUAAUUACAGAUAUGCAAGUACUCAACAUUUCGAAUUCGAGUCGGGCAGGUAAAGAUUGGACAAACGAAGCAUAUUUCGAAAUCAUCAAAAUUUAUUAGAGCUAACAGUGUCAGCAUUAAAAUGAGUAUUAGAGUUAACAAUAAUAUAUUAUUGAUCAUAGUAUCCACUUAUGUACACAAUUUUGUUGUUGAAUUGUAUCCUAUGAUAUACAUAAUCUGCAAUUGUUCAUUCUGUGUGAGGUACGAAUCUACUAACAAUAAGUAUCAUCAAAGAGUGCAAAGUAUUUCUAGAAUUGAUGCAAAUACAAAGUUAUUGGCACUGAAUUCUGAAAAAUAUAAGAAUCCGUUGUAUGAAACUAUGUAGAGUAGGUACAGCUACAUCAACAAUUUCAUUAAUUUAUUUUACAAAAAUGUUUUAAUUCGCGCUUAUUUAUAUACCUAUAUAUAAUUUGGUAUGGGUAUUUGUUGAUGUAUUUUUACAUACCUAUUAAGAAUUAUUUAAAUUCUUUACUCUAAACAUUUUACCUAUUUAUAGUAUUAAUUAGCUUUAAAAGAAUUUAUGUGUUCGCCUAGAAUUUCCUGCGACGUUUUAAUAAAUUCACUGUUCAUACAUUCAUAUACUUUUUCCACUAAUAGUGGAAGAUCGUCCUUGUUUAAACCUUCAGUAGGAAUGGGAGGUAAAAUCGUAACGCAACUUAUACCUAAAAAAUAAUAUAAAACAUUAAAUAAAACAGUCUUGUUUACUUCAUAUUUAAAUAAAAACAAACCUGAUUUCCAAACCUGAAUUAAAUAUUUUCCAUUUAGAAUUCAAAAAAUAGUAUUUAGAAACCACUACUGGUUGAAUUGGGAACUGCGUUGCGAUUGCAAUAUGAAAAGCUCCUUUUUUAAAAGGUAACAACUUGGGAUUUGAAUGUCGAGAGCCCUCCGGAAAUAUGAAAAGGUUUGUCUAUAAAAUUUUUAAAACUAAUAAUCAAUUGAUUAUCGUAAAUAUUUGUAAAUAUCUUUACUUUGUAUUACCUUUGUAUCUUUUAUAAUUUGUGCUGUAUUAUUCAUAAUGUUAUGAGCUUCCUUGCUUUUCUGUCUACUAAUAAAAAUAGUUCCCCAAAGCCAGGCUGCAAUGCCAAAUGAUCCAAAAAAUAGUAUCUCUUUCUUGGCAAUAACAGCACAUCUUCUAUUCAUUAACCAC